AUGGCUGGUCUCUAAGGCGGCUGUUUCCGGCACCUGGCCGUGGAUGGCCGGAGAUGGCGGCGAUUAUGUGGGGGGCGGGAGGAUUCGGAGUAGCCGCGGCGAGCGCCUCCCUGAGCGGCGUCAAGGACUGCUUUCUGCACUUGCCGCCUGGGCUGGUUUCCUGUCUCCGUCUGCAGCAGGAUCAAGUUGUGAAAGCUUCUUGGGGGAAUCAGCCUGUAUUCUUGGGUUGGAUGGAAAUUAGACAUUAUCGUCAAACAGAAGAAAACAUUGUUGAAAUAAACAGACAAUUAGCAGAAAAGCUUGGCAUUAAAGAUGGACAACAGAUAUUCCUGGAACCUUGUUCUCAAGUUUUGUCCUGUCAGCAAGUAGAAGUGGAACCAAUUUCAGCAGAUGAUUGGGAAAUACUGGAGCUGCAUGCAUUGUCACUCGAAAGGCAUCUUCUUGAUCAAAUUCGCAUAGUAUUUCCAAAAGCUGUCUUCCCAGUGUGGGUUGAGCAUCAUACUUGUAUCUAUAUCCGGAUUGUUGCACUAAAACCCCCAGCUCUUUAUGGAAGACUUGAACCUCGCACAGAGCUUCUUAUAUGUCCUAAAUUACGGCAGUGUGAAGAAAGUUCCACCAUGUCGUCUUCCCUGAAAAAUGAGAUUGUGCAGGAUGGUGUCCCUGAAACUGAAUUAAAACCAAGGGAAAGAACUGAGGAACCAUGUGCCAAAGAAACACAUUUAAAUAUGCAAUUUCAGCAGCAUAAGCCAAACACAAAGGGAUCACUGAGUACAAAUGUUCUGCCAAACAUUUGGAAUUUACUUGGGAACAUUUUUUUUUAUAAUUCUGAAAAGAAACAGGAGCCUUUUGAUGGAACUGAUGAACUGAAUGCUGCUAAAAGUCAUCUGUUAAAUUUGAUUCAGAUGGAUUCUGUUUUCAGAGUAUGUCAGAGACAGCUUCCCAGCAUGAAAAAUACACUGGAAACAUGUACAUUUCAGAAAUACAACACUAUCUGUGUUUCUCCAUGGAAUCAAACAUUCCCUGUUUUAGAAGCUAAUAUUCAAGUUUCUUAUGGGAAAAUUAGUAAACUACUUUCUCCAAGACAGCAGUUUCAAGAGUUAAAAUAUAAUCUAACAUCAGAGAAACAGAUGGCUAAUACAGAAGACCAAAAGCAAUUCACUUCUAGUAAGAGUCAAGAAUCCAACGAGUUUUCUAUUGUACAAAUAAUAUGGAAUGGAUUUGAGGAUCUAAAGGAUGCCAUAAUGUUCAAUAACAGUGUGGAGCAACUGCAUGUUGGAAGAGUUUGGAUACCUGAAGGGUUGAGAAAGAGGCUACACAUAGAAAUGCAUGCUGCUGUGAGAAUCACAUCAGUUAGUUCAGAUCCUAAAAUUCCAACCUCUCUUAGACUACAGCCUGAAUGUACUUUAAAUAAAGGAAUCAGUGAAGAAGACAUUAAACAUGCAUUUAAUUUGUGGCUAGAGGAUUACAUUAGGUGUCCCUUGAUAACAGCAGAAACAAGCUACAUACAAUUAGCUUUUAAUUUUGGUAAGCAAAGUUCAGCUACAGUUGUGAUUACUGCAUGUUAA